CGAGAGAAGUCAAACGAAUACAAAGGCAAAAUGAAACUCUUCAUUGUGAUCCUUGCACACGUUGCACUAGCAUACGCUGAAGAUGAAUGGAUGCCGAAAAAUGUUGCCCAAAUCAAGGCUAUCCACCAGGAAUGCCUUAAGAAUUUCCCACUCAGUGAGGAAUACAUCCAAAAAAUGAAGAACUUCGAAUAUCCCAAUGAAGAGCCCGUACGCAAGUACUUACUUUGUACCGUAAAGAAAUUUGGUAUCUUUCGCGAGGGUGAGGGCUAUAAUGUCGAUCGUGUUGUUAAGCAAUUUAAAAUGGAUUUGGAUGAGGCUGAGGCCCUUGCCAUUGUUGAGGGUUGCGUGGAUAAAAACAUUGAAGGUAGCAGCGACGAUGUGUGGGUCUAUCGUUGUCGCAAGUGUGUUAUGGCCAGCAAGAUCGGUGAUCGUGUGAAGGCUAAAAGCAGAGAUGAAUCAUAUAAGCAAUAAAUUAUUAGUAUUGUCAUUCGUUGAACAAUAAAGUCUAUUUUAUUAAGUA